GUUGUGUUACGGUAACUUUUACACAAUAGCCAAAACACCAGCCCAAAACCCUACUUCGUUAAACCCCAUCUUCUCCGGUGGUCCAUUUCUCAAGCUUAUCUGAGACUGUAAAGCCUGUACUUACCCCAUCCUAAUCACAAUGGCCGAUUAAGCGUAAAUUGAGCUGAACAGUUCUUCCAUGGCGGUGAAGAAGAAGAUGCAUAACCAGAAUUGCAAGAAAAAUUCUGCAAAGAGGAGCUCCGAGCUGGGUGGAGUUGAAAAGGGAGCAAAGUGCACCAAAAACGGGGAUAGCAGGAAGAGGAAGAGUACGCAAAAAAUAUUCAUGAACGAGAAAGAUUAUCGGCGCCGGCUUCAGGAAAUUCUCCACUCCCCUGAGCACAUUUUCUCGAAAAUUUUCCGCAAAGAUGGCCCGCCCCUAGGGGACGAGUUCGAUUCUAUACCAGAACACGCAUUUGUCAACUGUAAUAAAGAUUCCAGAAACUCUAAUCGGCUCUCUCAGGAAAACCGAAAAGCUCAUAAAAGGAAAAAGGUUUUGACUACUGUCAUCCCCGAAGACCAAGUUUAUGGUGAAGUGAACACUUCCUUUCCUUGUAAGAAACCUGUUACUGGGAAAGGCCUGAUUACUAAGAAGCAAAAUUCAGAAAAUAAAUAUGGAGUUGGGAAAGGCUUGAUGAAUGUUAGGAGUGCUCUUGCUAAAAGGCAUGGUGUUGGAAAGGGUUUGAUGACAGUCUGGCGGGCAACAAAUCCAGAUUCUGCAGACAUUCCAACAUGUGUUAAUUUCUGUGAGAGAGAGAAAGAUAAAAAGAAGUUGCAACAGCGACAGUCUAUUUUGAAAAAGUUGUCUAACAAGUCACAGGAAAAGAGGAAGCGUGCACUAAAAAGCAGAAAGUUGCAAAUGGGAGCUCAAAAACUUUCAAGGCGGAAGCAGCCACAUAGAGAAAAAUGUGAACUUGCUCUAGAAUGUGGGAGAGCAGAAGACAAUGAAAAAUUUGCGCUGCUAAUGGACGAUGAGGAGUUGGAGUUGAAAGACUUACAAACAGGACCAGAUCCAUUAACAUGCUGCACACACUUCACUCGCAAUGGAUUGCAUGGUUGUUCCCUUUGCAAAGGUUUGCUAGCAAAGUUUCCUCCAGAUACUGUCACAAUGAAGCUCCCACUCUGCAUGCAACCAUGGGAUUCUUCUCCAGAGCUUGUCAAGAAUCUUUUCAAGGUCUUUCAUUUCCUCUCCACUUAUGCCUCAAUAAUUCAUAUUUCUGCUUUCACCCUGGAUGAGUUUGCUUGGGCAUUUCAUGAUAAAGAGUCUUUGCUGCUUGGUCGAGUUCAUGUCGCGCUACUCAGGCUCCUAUUGUCAGACGUUGAAAUGCAGCUUGGCCAUGGGAUAUAUUGCCAUUCAAGCAAAAACUUUCAUUUUCUGGAUUUAGUUCAGUCAGUUGAACAAAACAAAUUUGUUCUAAAAGUAUGGCUGUGUUCAUUGAAUGCCCUCACAUGGACAGAGAUCCUUAGGCAAGUGUUGACUGCAUCUGGCUUUGGGUCCCAAUGUUUUACAAACCAAAAAGAAACCCUCAGCAAGGAAGCCACCCUUAUGGAAAAGUAUGGGAUAUCUCCUGGUACACUGAAGAGUGAAUUAUUCAGUAUCUUGCUAGUGCAAGGAAAUAAAGGGAUGAAAAUUCCAGAUCUUGCAAAAUUACAAUCUAUUAUUGAAUUGAAUCUUGUGGCAACGACCAACGAAUUAGAAGAUUUAAUAGGCUCAACUCUUUCGAGUGACAUUACCUUGUUUGAGAAGAUUUCAUCUUCAGGAUAUCGUCUACGCAAUAAUCCUGCAUCAGAAAAUGAAAAUUUUCGAUUUGAUGCCAAAGAAGACAAUGACUCUGACGUCAGCAGUGAAUAUGGUAGUGGUGAUGAUUCUGACAUCGAGUUCCUAACAUCAAGUCCAUCUAAAUCCAGAAGAAAGAAUCAUCAUGUUAGUAAGACAUUGACAGUAUGCACAGAAAUUGAUGAGAGCCACACAGGAGAACCAUGGCUUGUGGGACUGAUGGAAGGAGAAUAUUCAGCUCUUAGCCUUGAAGAAAAACUGAAUGUGUUGAGUGCAUUGGUUGAUCUUCUUUCUUCUGCAGCUGGAUUCAGAAUUGAGGAUCCAGUGAAAACUGCUGCAACUUUUUGUCAUGUUACAAAUCCAUAUGGUUCAGGGGCAAAAAUAAAGAGAUCUACAGUAAAGCAGGGUAACAUACCCGGACAAGUAGGAGGGUACAGUAGUUUGGGUAGUGCAAAAAACAUAAGAAUGACAGAAGCACUUCACCCUGUUGAUUCUUUAGUUGUCAUGUCAACUAAUUAUGAGCAUGAUAAUUCUUAUAGAAUGUCUAAUACAUCAGAAAUAUCUGAUGGGGAUGAUUUGCACCCUAUGCAGUCCAUCUUUUUGGGUUCUGAUCGUAGGUAUAACCGAUACUGGAUAUUCUUAGGCCCAUGCAAUGAUUAUGACCCUGGUCACAGAAGAAUUUAUUUUGAAUCUUCUGAAGAUGGUCAUUGGGAAGUGAUUGAUACCGAAGAGGCCUUAGGCACCCUUUUGUCAGCGUUAGACCACAGAGGAGCACGGGAGGCUCGCCUUCUAGAAUCUUUGCGGAAACGAGAAACCUUGCUUUCUCAGGCGAUGUUGGCCAUGCUUAAUAACAAGACAGCUGACCAAUUAGCAUUAUCUAAUCAAUGUGGAGUGAGUUUUUCAAGGGAAGACAGUUCAUCAUCAGCGGUUUCAGAUGUGGACAAUGCGAGUCUUACUGAAGUGCAAACCAUACACCCCUCUGCUACUAGUUCUGCUGUCCGUUCAGGGAAGAAAGGAGAACCCCAUAGAGACAAUUUGUGCCUUAACCAGGAUUUUGAUACAUGGAUAUGGAAAUCAUUCUAUUCCAAUCUUAGUGCCGUGAAACAUGGGAAAAAGUCAUAUCUUGAUUCACUUGCAAGAUGCGAGGGGUGUCAUGAUCUCUACUGGAGGGAUGAGAAGCACUGCAUAAUUUGCCACACUACAUUUGAGCUCGACUUUGAUCUUGAGGAGAGAUAUACUAUACAUUCUGCAACAUGUGGACUGGGUGUUGAUGCUAAUAAGCUCCCAAUGCAUAAAGUGCUGUCAUCACAAUUGCAAUCACUCAAAGCUGCAAUCUAUGCAAUUGAGUCAGUUAUGCCUCAAGAUGCCCUAAUGGGCUCUUUGACUAAGCCUUUUCAUAACCUUUGGGCCAAAAGACUACGCCGAGCCUCAACUUUGACUGAAGUUUUACAGGUUCUUGCUGAUUUAGUCAGUGUUUUCAAUGAGGAAUGGUUCUAUCAAUCUAUUAUUCCUGAUGGUGAAAAUUGUGCUGUGGAGGAAUUUCUUGCCACUCUUCCUAGCAUGCCCCAAACCGUGUCUGCAGUUGCACUUUGGCUGGUGAAGUUAGAUAAGCUGGUUGCACCACAUAUGGAAAAUGUUGUUUCCCAGAAAACUUGAACUAAAUGCCCAUCAAAAGGUAAAAGUGUACUCCAAACCUGUAGAUUCCCUUUCUCGUCCACAAGUACAGUGUAUUGUGUACUGUUAAACUUUAUUUCCUCUGGACAUUUGAGAUGUUUUUUAUAUCAUCCGUCCAUGGUUAGACUUGAGCAUGAUGAUGGCUUUAUUGUAAGGUGCACACAAUGGGCUUGAAUUGUGUGGAAGAUAGAAAGACAUAAAAGAAAUUGUGUGGUUCAUUUCUUUGAGUCGCUUGGCCAGGAUCUCUGAAAGAUUUAGGUGUACAGAAUAUAGAUAUGUAGAGAGAGAUAGAGAGAGAGGUUCUUCAUAUUAUCCUGAAAACCCCACAAUUUUGCUGUAAUGUUUUACUCUCUAGUUUUCUCACAAGUGUUUGCCUUUUUAUUUACUUGCAGUUGCACUUUUUCCUUCCCUCUGAUGGAAGAAAUUUAUUAUUCGAUAGGUCUUGAAUUCAUAAUUGUAAUAAUUUUGCGGGCAAUUCUUUCGUUCUUCG